CUUGUGGGAAUGGUGAUUUAUCUUCUUUCAAAGGUAGAAAAAGAAUAACGACGACAACAUAUUACAAGAGAGCAUUAUAGUUGACAUUCAAUUUAUUCCAAUUGAAUGGCGCGGGUCGUAUCUAGCUGUGUUUUCAUGCUGGCACAAAGAAGAGGAAUGUCGGCCGCGAUAACCACAGUGGAAGGAUCCGCCAAGAUUAUCGAGGACAAGGCGGUGAAGCUCGGCACGGUGGCGAAGGACGUCACCACGGCGAUGGCGACGACGACGGAGGAGAAGACGGCGUUCUGGGAGCCGGACCCGGAGACCGGCUACUACCGGCCGGUGACUGGCACCAAGGAGGUGGACGCUGCCGACCUGCGCGCGGAGAUGAUCAAGCAGAGGAUGCUGCACGACUGAUGCAGGACUGGGCGCUUCGAGAUUCGUGCCCACGGAUCAUCCCGUUGUGUGUAUGCGUACGUAUAUGGACCGUCCGAUGUGGCCCCUGGCUCAUCUGUGAAAAUUGUUGCAUGUUGUACCAGUAGACUAACAACAAUUUCUAUGCAUGUGCAUGGCUCAGUUGUUAGCUGACACAUUACAGAUUUUUAUCUGUAAAACAUAUUACAAAAUUCAGCAGCUCUCGUGCAGAAUUUAUAUAUAUUUAACGAUAAUACAAGAAAUAUGAGCAAAACAAAAUUUGAA